CGCUCUGGGGUCGCUGUGCUGAUGCGCUAGUGCUGGGGCCAAGCCCAGGAGCUGGGGAGGGGGCUCCAUCUGGGUGGGACGUGGCUAGGCUCCCCCCACUGAGAGUUCACCACCUCACCCCCAGAGGCCCUCCACCUGGGCAACCUCCUGGUGCAGCAUGGCUACCUAUACCCACUGAGGGACCACCGCCGCCUGGUGCUCCAGCCAGAUGAAACACCCUAUAGGUUCCAGGUUCGGCUCAAGUGGGAGCACGUGGGGCCCUCCCCCAAGUCAGCCCACUGUGGGGCACUCCUGAGGGGGGCAGGACUGGGGCAGAGGCAGGACCUGUGAUGUCCCAUCACCCCUUCCCCAAAAGGCCCGAGGUGGAAGCAUCCCUGUGACAGAAGGACCAAGUUAAGGGGAAGGACCUUCACUGGGACCCUGUAAGGGGUGGUACCUGCAGAGGACUCCACCAGUUUACGUGGGGCCUUAGGCCCCCAUGCCUGAAGGAGGAGGCUGUGAGGGACCUAAGGACAGGAUCCCUGCACCUCAGGAUGUGUCCCUGGCCACAGCGGGGGCCCAAGCUGGGCCUGCCCUCAGUCCCCACCCCACAGCCCAGACCACAACUCCAUCCGGGGCCCAGGCAGGGAGCCCAGACCCAACAAACCAAGUGGAGCUUCAGUCCAGGAGGUGAUCAGCUGAGCCUCUGGGCCAUGGGCAGACAGACACCCCUAAGCCAGCCCUGUCCCCUCCCAAGGGAGCCGAGAGGGUGGGGACAACUCUUGGGGUGGGGAAGGUCCAGAAGGUCUCAGAUACCCUCAUCCCUGCACGGCACCAGACACCCUAUUUCUGGACGAGCACCCUGUGGCCAGCUGCUGAGCUGGACUAUGGUGAGUGAGGAGGAGUGGGCUCGCCUGGGACAAAUCCUCAGGACCAGUGGCCUCAGGGGGGAUGUCACAGGAGAGGAGGAGCAGACAUUGCUCCUCUGCAGCCUGUGCCUUGGCCUUGCAGCCAUCUACCUGGCCAAGAAGCACAUCCGAAGGCAGGGGGCCCUGGUAGACUACGAGAAGGAGCAGUAUGACCAGCUGCACGCGAAGAUCAGCCACACGUGGGACCUGGUGGUGAUGCAGGCUCGAGAGCAGCUGCGGGCAGCUAAGCAGCGCAGGAAGGGGGACAGGCUGGUCAUCGCGUGCCAGGAGCGGAUGUACUGGCUGGUGAACAGGCCCCCGCCUGGGGUCCCCAGCGUGCUGGAGCAGGGUCCAGAGCGGGGGUCCUACAGUGCCAGGGGAAUACAGAUGACCAAGAGCUUGGAUUUCUACAGGCAGGAGGUCGCGUGCUUACGGAAGGCACUGGGCAGGGCCCGCGUGAAGUCCUCUGUCUGCCUCGAGGCGUACCUCCAGUUCAGCAGCCAGCGGCUGCCGCACGACCCCAUCAUGACCGGCUGUCUGCCCAGCAACCCCUGGGUCACGGACGAUGAUGCCUACUGGGCCCUGAACGCACCCAGUGUGGCUGUGCCCACGAAGCUCCGUGUGGAGCAGUGGGCCCUCAGCUUCCGGGAGCUCCUGGAAGACCCCGUGGGACGGGCCCACUUCAUGGGCUUUCUCGGGACAGAGUUCAGCGCCGAGAACCUCAGCUUCUGGGAGGCCUGUGAGGAGCUGCGCCAUGGAGGGCAGGCCCAGGUCCCCGCCCUGCUGGACGCCGUGUACCAGCAGUUCCUGGCGCCUGGCGCUGCCCGCUGGGUCAACAUAGACAGCCGGACCAUGGAGCAGACGCUGGUGGGCCUGGGCCGGCCCCACCGCCAUGUGCUGGACGAUGCCCAGCUGCACAUCUACAUGCUGAUGAAGAAGGACUCGUACCCGAGGUUCCUGAAGUCAGACUUGUACAAAGACCUGCUGGCAGAGGCCGUGGUCCCCCCGGAGACGAAGCGGCGGGUGUUCCCAUUCACGCGGAAGCCACGGCGGUCCAGCCCCAGCCCUGCUCUCCUUCCUGCCUCCACCUCCAGGGAGCCCGCGGGUGGUGACGGGGAGGCCUAGGUGAGCCGGAGAGGGGGAGACGGUGGCCAUCUCGCCCUGUCACCCUCCUCUAGCCCAGGAGGCACCUUUUCCCUGUCCCGCCCUACCCCCCAGAAGGGUCUGGCCCAGGGCAGAUUCCCAGGGUGCCCUGGACCGACACCAGAAGGCAGAGCGCCUGGCAUUUCUGUGCCACCCUCGCCCCUGGAGCAAGGGCCGAGUCAAGAGCUCGCCGGCAGGGGGCGCGCGAGUGCAGGGGGAUGUGCGGCUCCGCUCCGCCUCCCGGGCUCCGCAGGCUCCGUGGCUGUGGCGUCUGAACUGGACAGAGACGGCUCCCUCUUCGCUGCCCCUCCGGCAACAGGGCCUGGUUCAGAGCCGAGGUGGCAGAGCCUCUGGAGAGGGACGGCAGGCGUCCUGGCUCGGAAUGCCCCCCAGCCUCAGGGUGAAGGUACAGCUGCUCCUUGGUGGGUGCAGCCCACUGGCUCAGCCCAGCGCGGCCCCUGCCCUCCGCCCUCCCAUGUCCCGCACAGAAAUAAAAGGCACUCGGCCGUC